AAUCUCUAGUAACACGGAUUUUCCAGACUAGCUCUGCACGUCUAGAAAUUGCUUGGAACUUCACAUUUGGCGCAGUGUUUUCAUCUUAAAAAUGGUGCUUAAUCAUUGGGAUUUGAAGUUAUAUAUUGCUUGUUGGCUCACUAUCGCUUGCCAAGGAGCAAAUAUUUUGAUCACACCUGUAGAUGUAGGCUACAACAGCAGAAUGAUGAACAUGUUCAAACUUGGAAGGAUCCUGCUAAGGGAUGGACAUAACAUUACCAUGCUAUACUCUAAUACAAUACACAAUCAAACAUUGUUUAAACUAGUUGAAGAUCAUCAUGCUAAUAAAGCAUUUAAUGUGAUCACUUAUAAAGAACCUCCUGUUGAACGAUUGCAGCUAGCUUCAGCAAAAGAGGCAACUGAAUUUAUGAUGAAUACAAUUGGAAUGCCAGCAUCAGAAUUGUUAAUGCAAUUAUCAGGAGUGUUCCUCGGAAGUCUAAAUGCAAUUUUGGGUGAUCAUGAUGCUUUGGAGGCAAUAAAUAAGGAACAGUUUGAUUUAAUAAUCGCUGAUGAUCAUGUUCUGGUAUCAAGAGUCCUUGGUGAUUACCUAAAUAUACCAGUGAUUACGUGUCUUAACAUGGGGCCAUUUUCUCUCAUGUCGAAUACACUUUACCCUUUCAACCCAUCAUACAUGCCUAUUGCGCUACAUACAAACUAUAGUGAUACUAUGACAUUUUGGGAACGAAUCAUGAAUACUUGGGAAAGUAUCAAACUCCAUCAAAUGGGGGAUUACAUAAUGAAAAGUGGUCGGGAUAUUUGCCUGAAACAUGGAUUAAAUUACUCUUCGUGUGACAAUAUCAUCAAUUUCUAUCAAACAGUUUCACUUGUAUUUAUGUUUCGUAGCGAUGUUCUACAUUACCCUGCUCCAUUUAUGCCCCAUGUUGUUUCCAUCGAAGCAUUCUUUCUUGAUAAACACAAACCAUUGCCUGACAGAUAUAAUGAUAUUUUGAAUAAGGCGAAUGAACAUGGCGCUAUAAUUGUAAGUUUCGGCUCAUCUUUACGCUAUCUCCCCAUGAUUCAGGUGAACCUACUUGCCAAGGCAUUUGGAAAAAUGCCCCAACGAGUCAUAUGGAGCUAUGCAGGACCUAAACCUGAUAACCUUGGCUCAAAUACAGUCAUAGAUGAAUGGAUUCCACAGAACGACUUAAUAGUCCAUCCCAAUGUGAAACUAUUUGUGCACCAUUGUGGAGUGUCCAGUACCUAUCAAGCCCUCAGUUAUGGACUGCCUUAUAUUGGUAUUCCAUUUUUGUUUGAUCAGAGAUACAAUUGCGAGAAACUGACAAACCGUGUAGGAUCUGGACUGACCUUAAACCCUUUAGAUUUAACAAGUGAGACACUCCAAGGUGCAAUGGAGGAUGUCAUUAACACUGCCAUCUAUAGGGAGAAUGCCAGAAAAGGUGCUGCCCUCUAUCAUGAUCAGCCCAUGGAUCUUCGUGACAAACUUGUAUACUGGGUCAAUUAUGUAAUUCAACACAACGGUGCAAAUCACCUGAGAUCUGAAGGCAUAAAUAAACUGAACAUAUUUCAAUAUUUCCUUUUGGAUAUUAUCUGCCUUAUUUUAGGUAUCAUCUUGCUGAUUCUUUUUUGCAUAUAUCACAUUUUGGUGCUUUUUAGAUACAUUUUGAGACUUUAAAAAAGAUUGACCUGAUAAACAUGUAUAUUAGAACACACUGAUAUACAUGCACACUAAUAAUAUAGACUAAUGGUGGUUCCUUAAAUAGGAGUGAUUAGUCAUAUGAAUAAUAUAAUUUUAUUUCACGAAUCCUUUUUGGUAAGGCCUGAAGGAACCAAAAAGGCACAUAUAGUUUUACAGUUUUCAAUGGUUAACUAUUCCCACCUGAUGCUUUUCACAUGUAUCUUAGAGAGGGGGCUUUGUAUUAAAGAUGUGCCUAUGUUAAAAUGUUCAAAUAUUUACAGUUUCCUUAUGGUUUAACGAGUCACUAAUUCAUUAUGAUUCAUUUGUCUAGAAACAUUUCACCAAUAAAUCUCUCGAAACUAUUCAACAAAUCUACGGCCCUUUUCCAGAUAUCUUAUAUUGCCCUUGGAAUAAUUCCAACAUCCAG